AAGUGUCCCGGGCAACUUUCCCAGCUGCUCUCUCAGACAAAGCCGCGCGUGCGGGGCUGGAUGGUGAGAGAACACGCGCGUCCACCUCCGGAGAGCUUCUUCCGUACGGCCACUGAGAAGAUGUCUGUGGACGAGGUGUACGCGUUCCGGCCCUUUAAGCUGAUCGCCCUGCUCUGCGUCUUCCUGGCUCUCUGCCUGGACGUGGUGGCUCUGCUGAGCCCAGCCUGGGUCACCGCCGAGCAUUUCUCCCUGUCUCUCUGGGAGUCCUGCUCCCAGUCCCACGUCCGGCAGCCCGCAGAGGAGGCUGCGUGGAGCUGCUUCUCCACCCUCACAUCUGACUGGCAGAUUGCCACCCUGGUGCUCCUGGGGGCCGGCGCGGUGGCAACGCUGGUGGCGUUUCUGGUGGCCCUCGUUUCCCUCUGCUGGGGGACCAAGAGACAACACUACCGCAUUGUGGCGGUGUUCCUCUUCACUGCCGUUGUCUUGCAGGCCUGUGCUCUGGUCCUCUACCCGAUCAAGUUUAUUGACGGAACGGUCCUACAGACCUAUCACGAGUUCAACUGGGGCUACGGACUCGGCUGGGGCGCCACCAUCUUCAUGCUGGGCGGAGGAAUCCUCUUCUGCUUGCGGACGGACAUUUAUGACGAUGCCAUGUACUAGUGAAGUCCCUGCCGCGCUGCUGAAAAAGGCACACGUAAACACACGGAAACUUCUCUUCGCUCUGCACACGGCCUGUACAGGAGCACAGACCCCACGUCUCCUUUUUGCCUCCUGUCUUGCUCUCGCUGUUAUUUUUAGACAGGUUGUGAAGGUGCUAUGUAGGGCCAGGGCUGUGAGAGUAAUUCUCCACCCCCCCAUCCUGCAGUCACUUACAGCUGCCUGUGGCUUAGAUCCAGUUGCCUCUGGGGUGGGGGAGAGGUGGCAACACUAAAGCGCAGAGCUUUCUGGACUGGCUUGAGCUGCCGGACGUUUCCAGGAUGUUUAUUGUUAGAUAUGACACAGACCUGAAUGUGCUGGGGCUUAGUAUUCACCAGGACUGACUCAUCUCCACAUUUCCUUUUGUUGUUAUUGUUGUUUUUAUAGCGUAUUUAUGGUAUCAUUUCUCCCCGUGUACAUUUUCCUUCAGUUUAAACUAAAACAUAUCGGAUUAGUUUAAAUUAGAAUAGAUUACUAUAGAUGUGUAGCUUCUUUGGAAAAAUCACACAAGUUUGUCCCCUUUAAAAUCUACAAACGCAUACAAAAUAUUUCUGUUUAUUGUUUAGAAGGAGCAUUCUGACAUAUUUGGCUACAAACGGAGGCAAAAAUACAAACUACUUUCAUUAUCUGGACCUAAUUCAUCAGAUGAAAACAGGUGCUUUUUCAGAGGUGCCAUCAGGUUACUAGCUUACUGCUAGCUACACAAAACAUGUCAUUGUUCUCUACAGAACACAUUUGUUUGUGCCCCAUUUUAAAAAUUGCUCAAACUCUGUAAAUUUAUCUGUACUGUUCAAAUUUCCCCUCUUUCUAAACUAUAACAUUCAGAAUCUGACAUGGAGGGAGAUUGUGACCGUGUAUCUCCAUGUUGGGGGGCUAAGCUAGCUGCAUUGCUUGUAUAAGAAUAUUGAAGAUUAAGGCUUCAACAUCAAAUAAAGUUUGAGAUUUAUGUGUGCAGAGGUUGAGAUACCAGCA